AUGGUGAAAACAGUUGCUAACGGAAAGAAGAAGCCUCAAAAGGUUGUUAAGAAACAACAGAAAACGCAAAAAAAGCAUAACCAACAAAAGCUGCAAAAAAGGAAUACACCAACUUUGAAGCAGAAGCUCAAGAAGGAAUCUAAAAUUGUCAAGAUCAAUGAAUUAGCUUGGAAACCGGUUGAAAUACCUGAUAACUUUGGAGAUUUUGGUGGAUUCUAUGGGUUGGAAGAGAUUGACGGUGUAGACGUUGAAAUGGUGGAUGGUAAGCCUCAAUUUGUUGUAAAAGGAGAAGAGGGAGAAAAGAGUGUAUCAAAUGAAAACACUACCACCAAUGAGCUGGAAGAUGGAGACGACAUUGAGGUAGACGAGGGAGAGGAAAUUGCACAGCAAGAGCAAGAAAACAGUGACAAUGAUGAACUAAUUGAGGAAGAUGCAGAAGAAGUAGAAGAACAACAACAACAUGGAGAAAAAGAAUUAGAGGAAGAAGAAUUUACUGGUUUUGGCGACGAUAUCGCUAAGGAGGAAAAGGAUUCCGACGGUGCUAAGAAAAAGCUCAACUCAUCAGAAGAUAUUGAUGAACUUAAAUACAAUGCAUUUGCAAAUUUGGAUCUUCCUCUUCCGAAUGAUGAUGAAAUAGACUUGCCCGAAUGGGGAGAAGAUAAAAUUGAGACCUGUUUGAGCCCCUACAUUUUGAAUGGUUUGUCAAAUAUGAAAUUCACCACCCCAACCCCUAUUCAGAAACGUACCAUCCCAUUAGCUUUGGAAGGAAAAGAUGUUAUUGGUAAAGCCACUACUGGUUCAGGUAAGACCUUGGCUUACGGUAUUCCAAUUCUUGAGAAAUAUAUUCAAUCACUUGAUACCGUGAAAAGGAAAGUAAGGGAAAAGGUUGUCAACCACCCUACAGGAAUUAUUUUUGCACCUACCAGAGAAUUAGCUCACCAAGUUGUUGACCAUUUAAACAAAAUUGCCCAAUAUUCUCCUUUGUCAACAAAAGGUAUUGUGAGUGUUACAGGUGGGCUAUCCAUACAAAAACAAGAGAGACUAUUGAGUUUUGGACCUGGGAUUAUUGUUGCCACUCCUGGUCGUAUGUUGGAAUUAUGUCAAAAUGACCAAGAGUUGGUCAAGAGACUUAGUAUGACAGAUAUUAUUGUGUUGGAUGAAGCUGAUAGAUUAUUACAAGAUGGACAUUUUGAGGAGUUUGAAAAAAUAUUGGAACUUUUUAAUAAGAAUCGUCCCAAAAAUGAUAAGAGUAUUGAGUGGAAAUGGCAAACAUUGGUGUUUAGUGCUACGUUCUCGAGAGAUUUGUUUGGAAAGCUUGAUAAGCAACAAAAGCAAAAGUCUGUCAAGGGGAAUGGGAAAGCCCUUAACAAAGCUGAUAGUGGUAAUUCUUUGGUACAAAAUGAUGAGAUUAUAGAGUUGUUGCGUGAAAAGCUUAGGUUUAAAGAUAAGGCACCAUCUUUGGUUGAUGCCAAUCCAAAAGAAAUUGUUUCUGGACAAAUUACCGAGGCAUUGGUGGAAUGUGGACCAUUAGAACGUGACUUGUAUCUUUACUAUUUCCUUUUGAUGUAUAAGGGGUCAACCUUGGUGUUUGCCAACUCCAUCGAUUCUGUUAAACGAUUGGUACCAUUGCUCAAUAAUUUGAACAUUCCGGCAUUUGCCAUUCACUCAUCGAUGAUUCAAAAGCAAAGACUUCGAUCUUUGGAGAGGUUCAAAGAUGCAAGUGAAAAAAACCAAACUGCCGUCUUGGUGGCAUCAGACGUUGCUGCUAGAGGUUUGGAUAUACCCAAUAUUGAUCAUGUAGCGCAUUACCAUUUGCCCAGAUCUGCCGAUGUUUAUAUUCACAGAUCAGGAAGAACUGCGAGAGCAGGGAAGGAAGGUGUUUCUGUAAUGUUUUGUUCGCCUCAAGAAGCAUCUGGGCCAUUACGAAAGUUGAGGAAGUUGGUUGCAAGCAAUGCAGCCAACAAUAAGAACCAAAAAAUUAAUGUUCAUAGCGAUGUUAAAUUGUUGCCAGUUGAGAUGGAUCUUGUCUCACAAUUAAGACCCAGGGUGGAGUUAGCUGGAAGAUUAGCUGAUUCAAACAUAUCUUCAACCGCGACUAGGAAGGAAAAUUCAUGGGUGAAGCAAGCGGCAGAGGAAUUAGGUGUAGAGGAUUUGCAUGAUCUUGAUGAAUUUGAGGAUGAUAUAAUCAAGAAACAGAGGAAACGUCAAGAAAGUAAAAGGUUAGAUAAAAACGAACAAAAGAGGCUUCGUUUUGAGUUGAGGGAAUUACUUGCGAAUCCAAUUAGAAAAAAUAAUCGAAGAUCGUAUUUGACUAGUGGGUUGCAAAAUUUGGCUCAUUUGAUGGUACAAGGUACGCAUCAUGAGGAUGUUUUAGGCCAUGAAAAGGUUAAGGCAUUAAAAGAUUUGCAAAAAAACGGAAGUAAGAUAAAACCGGUGAAGGGCGACGACAAGAUGAAAAGGAUAGCAAAAGUUAACCAGAGAAAGCAAGCCAAGAAGGACGCUAAGAAAGACGCGAAGCAGAAGAGACAAGAGUUGAGGCAUGGCCAUUCAAAUAAAAGUGAAGAGUAA